CUCCUUGAAGAUGGGGAAACAAUGAAAUAGACAGGAAGAUUCCUUCUCUUCCCCUCUCUCUCUUACCCCCCUCCCCCCUCCCCUCUCCCCUGGACUCCGCUUCGAGGCCACCAUGCUGACCCGCCUGUUCAGCGAGCCCGGCCUCCUCCCCGACGUCCCCAAGUUUGCCAGCUGGGGAGACGACGGCGACGACGACGAGCCCAGGAGUGAAAAGGGUGACACGCCGCCCCAGCCACCGCCUCCGCCGCCUGGGCCUGGAGCUGGAGCUCCGGGGCCCGUCCGCCCCCCCAAACCGGGCCCUCUUCGUGGCGAAGACCCCCCGGAUCCUGCGCUGGGAGAGGCCAAGGACGACGGCGAAUUGGGGGGCGAGGAGGAGGAGGAGGAAGAGGAGGAGGAAGGGCUAGACGAGGCAGAAGGCGAGCGGCCCAAGAAGCGGGGGCCCAAGAAGCGGAAGAUGACCAAGGCGCGGCUGGAGCGCUCCAAGCUGCGCCGGCAGAAGGCCAACGCGCGCGAACGCAACCGCAUGCACGACCUCAACGCGGCGUUGGACAACCUGCGUAAGGUCGUGCCGUGCUACUCCAAGACGCAGAAGCUGUCCAAGAUCGAGACGCUGCGCCUGGCCAAAAACUACAUCUGGGCGCUCUCGGAAAUCCUGCGCUCGGGCAAACGGCCGGACCUGGUGUCCUAUGUGCAGACAUUGUGCAAGGGCCUGUCGCAGCCCACCACCAACCUGGUGGCCGGCUGUCUCCAGCUCAACUCGCGCAACUUCCUCACAGAGCAAGGCGGCGAGGGGGCCGGACGUUACCACGGUUCUGGAGGCCCGUUCGCUAUGCACCCCUACCCGUAUCCCUGCUCGCGGCUCGCGGGCGCGCAGUGUCAGGCUGGCGGCGGGCUGGGCGGCGGUGCCACGCAUGCCCUGCGGACUCACGGCUACUGUGCGGCAUAUGAGACGCUGUACGGGGGUGGCGGCGGGGGCGCCUCCCCCGACUACAACAGCUCGGAGUACGAGGGGCCGCUGAGUCCCCCGCUCUGCCUCAACGGUAACUUCUCCCUCAAGCAGGACUCGUCCCCGGACCACGAGAAAACCUACCACUACUCUAUGCACUAUUCCGCCCUGCCCGGCUCCAGGCCAGCUGGCCACGGCCUGGUCUUCGGCUCCUCGGCCGUGCGCGGGAGCGUCCACUCGGAGAAUCUUUUGUCUUACGAUAUGCACCUUCACCACGACCGAGGCCCAAUGUAUGAGGAACUCAAUGCAUUUUUCCAUAAUUGAGAACUCUCCUCCCUCACCCCUUUUUUGUUUUUCUUUUUUGUUCGUUCCUUCCCUUUUAAUUGAUUUAUUUUUUUUCCGGAGAAGGUGGGCCACCCCCCACCAUGGCAGGGAUUUGGGCGGCAGGGCCACGUUAACUAGAGGCCACCCCCCUCCUCCAGGCUCCCUCCGUUCCCCUUAGUUGUGCAGUCGGUUUACCUGUUGAUGUCUCCCCCUUUUUCGUUCCCCUCCCUUGUCACUCUUCCUUUGCCCCAGAAGUUUUCCUUUCCCAGGGGGAACCCCUCCUAGGAACUGUCCCAAAGGGUCCGGCUUCUUCCAGGAGCGCCUUCUUCCCCAGCUCUUCCCCAGCUCCCACCCUCACACACACUCAACUUCUUUCCCUAAUUUCCUAAUUUUCUCUUCUCAUCCCCUGCCCCAAAAGAGAGCAGUCUGCUCAGGCCUGGAGAAGGGGACCGGGGGAGGGGGCGGCCCAGCGGCCGGAUUCCAUUUCGUUUGUUAAGUUCUAUUUUUUAAAUACCAGAAAGGGGGAUGAAGUAGCGGUGGGAAAGGGAGGGGUGGAAGAUAGGGGGUUCUCUUUCCUAAAGAGAAUAUAUAAGUUAACCGUACCCGGGGCCUGAAAUGCCUCUCACCCACCCGGUCUCUCCACUUUGGAGUCCUAAUAUGAAUUGGGAGGAGUAGAGGGGAGGAGGAGGGGGAGGAGAUGGGGAUCCGAGAGGAAAGAAAAGGUCAAGACCAUUGUAACCAGAUUCCGACUUUUUUCUUUUUUGUUUUUUUUCUUUCUUUUUUAAAAAACACAAAAAAACAAACACAAAAACGCAAAAAGGCGACGGAGGCCGAACGCAGAGUCCGGAGCGGAGAGAAAACACAGUAAGAACUUUUAGAAGCAAUAAAAGGCAAAAAAAAAAAAAUUUAAAAUAAAAUAAAAUAAAAAAAUAAAAAGACACAAAUAUCUAUGCAAGGAGGUUCUGACUGAGCCAAGCGGCCCCGCCCCCUGGCCCCCCGGGAUCCCCCUACCCCUCCUCGGCUCUAGGGCCGGGGCCGGAGCUGCAGAAGCGGAUAUGUGCACUUUGGUGAAGUUGGGGACGUGGCGCCUCCCCUCUCUCCCUAGUCCCCUCUCACCCUUUCUCAUUCCUUCUCCCUUCCCUCAGUUCUUACAAUCAGUGACUCCGAGAUUUGGGACAUCAGUGUCACUUUCCUCACCCUCCCUUUUCCCCUCCUCACCCGUCCCCAUUGUGCGUCAUACUGUUUUUUAAACCUGUUUCCAAAUUUGUAUGAAAUGGCGAACUGUUGGGGGAGGGUCGGUUUGGGGAGGGGGGGGUUGCAUGAUAACGACACACACUGACACAGCACGCACGCACACACGCACACACAAGUGACACAGCGGCAUACACAAUGACACAAAAGAGCACACACAUAGCCACACGGUAAAUAUGCAAUGCUACUUGGGAAAGAAGGGAGCUAUAGCCUUGCUCGGGUCUGGGGAAAUCAAAAGAAGAAAGGCAACAUUGCAGGCCAGAGGCAUCUCUUUAGCCCGGGUCAUCCUUCAGACCUCCCUCCCUUCCACUUCCCAAGUCAAUCAGUUCCCUGGGGCUUUGUUGCUGUGGUCUCCCUUCCCGUCUUGACGCCUGGGAAUGGACAGGAGGAUGCUUGGGCAGAUAAUUCCUGGAGAUGAAACUUUUCCGAGGGGUCCUUCUGGUCUUCGUCUGGCCUCUUCAGCAUCCAAGACUCGGAGGGGGCAAGUAUCUCUACUCUGUUAUUGUCACAAAACAGAGAAGUUAAGGAGAAACAGGUACUUGCAGAACAAGCCCACAACCAAACAGGCGAAUAGACACAUGUUGACACAAAGCAAAAAUGCAAACACACACGCAGACACACUCAAUCUCUCUCUUACACUCAAACACACGCAAUUUCACCUUCAUAUCUUAUCGAAGCUGAAACUCCCGUUGGACACCCGAAGUGCAUUGCGUGUUUCUGUUCAGUUUAAUGACGAUUAAUAAAUAUUUAUGUAAAUGAGA